AUGCAGCUCACCGCCAACUUUGUUGUUCUCGCCUCUGCCCUCGCUCUCGGAUCCACCAGCGUCCUCGCACUCCCCGUCGGUUCCUCUUCCUUCGCCACCCGUGAAGUUCAGGAUAUCGAUGCCCGUGAAGUUGAUGAAUUCGCUCUCGAGGCUCGUGAGCUCCCCUCAUUGAGCUUGGAUGCCCGCAGCUUCUUCGACUAUGAAGAUGACCUUGAAGCUCGCGAAGUGACCACCCCCACGUCUGCCACCACCCCGGUGACAGGUGGCUCGGCACCUGCUACGCCCGCCACUGCGACCACGCCUACUACGCCCAACACCCCCAACACCCCGGCUACUCCCAACUCUGCCAAGUCCGUCACUGGCAAGUCUGAGAAACAUGCCGCGAAGCACGCCGCGUACAAAGCCGCAUUGGCCGACCCCAGCAAUCCCAACCACAAAGCCGCCGUGAGGAAGCACGCCCUUAAAAAGGCGCUCGCUGACCCUAACCACCCCAACCACGCUAAGGCUAAGAAGAUUGCUGCGAAGCACGCCGAGGAGAAGGCCGCUCUCAAGGACAAGACGCACCCUGGCCACGCCGCCGCUGCCAGGAAGCACGCCCUGAAGAAGGCGCUCGCUGACCCCAACCACCCCAACCACGCUAAAGCCAAGAAGCUGUUGGCGAAGCACGCCGCACACAGGGAGGCGCUCAAGGACAAGACCCACCCUCACCACCAAGCUGCUCUCCGAAAGGAGGCUCUCCGCAAGUCCAAGGCAUCAGGACUUGAUGGCAAGUCUUCCCUGAGGAAGCACUCCAAGCUUUCGCGCCACGAGUUGGACACCGCCGAACACAAGCACAGCAAGCUCUCUGGCCUUCGCAAGAGCUCGCGUCUCUCAGAGAAAGAGCGCUCUGGAUCUCACCGCCACUCUGAGGAUCGCUUGACCGGUGCUCGCCGCCACGGCGAGGACAGGCUCACCGGUGCUCACCGUCACUCCGAGGAGAGACUUUCUGGUUCUCACCGUCACUCCGAGGACCGUCUCUCGUCGUCCACUCACCGCAAAGGGUCCCGUCUUUCUGAGACUGAGGGUGGCUCGCGCCGCCACUCCUCUGAACGCCACUCCGUUGAUGAGCCCUCCACCCACAGGCACAAGUCAGAGGCUCUCCGAGAAUCCAAAUCCUCGACUCGCACUGAGAAGUCUUCUCGUGUCUAA